CCGAGCGUGUUUAUUCCUUGACGAGAAAUGUUCUCCUCGAGGUGCCACAACCUCGCUCAGCGGUCCUUGGCAUGUCGUAGCACGCUCCUUGUCUAUCCUUUCGCGCCGUCUCGAGCUGCCUUCUCAACGUCGGUCGUUGCGCAGCAUAAUACUUCGGCUGCCUCCAACGUUGCACAGAAUGUUCAGAGCACUGCACAGUCGAGCACAAGCCCAAAGAACACGAAGAACAUAGCACGCGCCCAGCCUCAAGAACACAAGAGAUUGCAUCAAGAGGAGCCGCAGCAGCCUUCACUCGAGGAGCAACUAGUACAGUUGGAUAGACUCCAUGGGCUAGAAGGCCAAAUACCAUACGAUAUAUGGGCGCAUCCAUUGCAAACCUUCGGUGUGUAGCAACCGUCUACAAUCAAAGCCAAUAAUCUAAUAUCGCGCAGACCUUCACGUUCCUGGCUGGUAUUCAAAGCGCAAGAAUGCCGGCCUCCUGGACCAUUUCCGUAAAUUAUGGGCCACUCAAAACAACUUCAUCGGGAAUGUGGUGUCGUACGUAUCUCCUCUGCGACAGGCUUCCUCCUGAUUUCGAACAGUGUUUUGUAGGAUGUACCGCAUUGCGAAGUCACAAAGCUUUCCUGGUGUCAAAGUGCCUCGCGUAUGGUCGACCAACUUGCUCAGGGUUCAGUCAACAGCAUGGCUGAAGCCUUUCCUGAAAAUUGCACUAGACACCUACAAACGGGUCAAUCAGGGCUUCGCUGUGUCAGUCGACGGGAAUGCUUACCUCGCACGGGUUGCUAACCCCUUCCUCUAGUGCGGACGACAAGUCCCUUAAGACCUUAACAGUCGGUGAAUAUCACGAUCAGCUGCAAAAGCGUUAUCGCAAUCAGAACCCAAACCUCGUCUACGUGUGGAAAUUCCAUGGCGAGAACAAGCCGUGCAAGGUUCUCAGUAUUCGUGCUAUUGAUGUUAACCUUAGUAGGCAACCACUCAAGUUCGGUAGCCGACUUGCUAUCCAAGCUUGCGUAAAAUUUGACACAAUGCAGGUGAGUGCGUCGUCACAAGUAGCGUGGGGUCGGACUGACAGCCAUCAGAGCCUAGAAGUCUUUACAAAGAAGGGCGACCGCGUUGCCGGUGAUGGGACGCCAAAGCGCGUAGUCGAGUACCUCGUGCUCCAGAAGCGCAUGUGGUACGAUGCGCCUUGGACAAUCCGUGAACAGCUGUACGAGGAGUUGGAAGGCCAGUACAGACUCAAUCAAACGGCCGCACAGCGUGUCCGUAUAGGGUAGUUCUGUACAGCGUUGCGUCGCUCUCACGAGAGAAAUUUG